UUUUAAUGAGUUCUGUAAGAAGAAAUAAAAGAGAUCGAUGCGAGCACGACAAUUGUAGAGCACCGAGAGAAGUGUUCUGCAUCAAACAUGAGAAAGUGCUCUGUGAGUUACAUCGAUUAUAUCAUCAUUUUGAAUGCCCAUGUGAGCAGUUCAUCACAUCUGAGCAGCUUAAGAAUGCUCUGAUUCCAGCGAACAACAGCCUGUGUCAGAUCUCCCAAUACGGAAAAGCCUACGACAGCGUUGGGUAUCUGAUCAACAACUUUGAAGCAGACUUGGAGUCUUUGAAGCAAGAGUUCGAAGAGAUCAAGCAAGAAAUCCGUAGCAAGAUCGAGUACGACCAGUUCCUUCAUUUCACCAAAUUGAAGAAGAAAUGUGAGGAAUUUUAUGCAAAAUUCAGAAGUACUGACAUCUACUCGGCUUUUAAAGAGUUUAUGUUCAACAAGCAACUCGAAGACAACACUAUCAAGGAGGAUAUCGAAGAGGAGAGCUCGAAUAAAGCAAUAGAGGAGAAAAAGAAAUUUGAGCAGGUUCUCAGAAAAGUCUCACGAGAGGUUGAACAGAAUGUCAGACAUGAGGUUGAAGCCACACGAACCAGAGAUAUUGAAGAACUUAAGAAACAAAUCGGGGAAAUUCAGCAACAGACAGAAGAGCAUAAAUAGCCUCAGUUCCACACAAACCACCGAAAUAGAUGCUCUUAAAACUAAAAUUGAAGAGCAAAAGUCUGAAAUUGAGCAACUGAGGAAAGCUAAAGAAAAGGCUGAAGAAGAAUUUAAGAAUAGCUUGGCAGAGUUGACACAGCUUCAGGAGACUUUACAAAAAGAGCCUCCUCUUUCUUGUCAAGAUAUCUGGAAGAAAAACCAUUGCCAAGAUAUGAUCUUUGAUGAAAAUACAAAGAUCGAGUUGUUCAUGAAUCAACAAGAAGACAAGAACUUUCUAACUGAACUGGUCAAUCAUAAAAUAAAACUUCCAGAUAUAAAAAGAAUAAAGCUAGCCCAGGACAAGAAGGAAGACCCAGUUGUCAAGGAGUUCUUCAAACAUUGCUUCCCAGACCAGGUCGAACUCUUCUGUUAUAAUUUGGGUAGAGCUUCUGCUGCUAGUCAGACAAAACUUAGCUAUUAUUUUGACGAAAUGAAGCAUAUAAUCCCCAGAGUCACCAGAGAGAUCUAUCUUUUUGACUUUGACCUAACCAAGCAAGAAUUUGAGUACAUCAUCAACACCUGCACCGCCUCUCGCCUAACCCUCAACUACUCAACUCUCUCCUUCCCCUCCCCUCCCUCCUUCACCUGCCUCCACUCCUCCAUCCAAUACUUAGGCCUCCAGUACUGUGGCCACGUCAGUAGAAACGACUGGAAGUCCACCCCCUCUAAGCUGAAAGACAUCCUUCAGGCAAUCUCUGAGUCAGGACUGAAGGACUCUGUACAGAUACUUGAGGUGGGACAUUGUGGGUUGAGUAGAGAGGAAGUUAAGGGGGUUUUGGAAGAGGUGGGACUGGAGGUAGGUGAGGUUGCAGAUACUUAUCCAGGUCCUCUAUCAGAUUAA